UAUUUGAAAUGAAGAUGUACCAAAACGCCUCCUCAUUCUUUUCCCUCUCCUUCAUCGUCAUAUUUUUGUCCAUUUUUUCUCCAGUGUUGUGUAUUCGUAAUAUUGGCUCUAAUGAACCCGAAACAUUGCAAACUUACAUUGUUCGUGUGCAACCUCCUAUAGAGAUAGCCGAUGCUGGCUCCAACGAGCUUGAGAGUUGGUACAAGUCAUUCUUAUCCGAGUCUGUUUCCGACACCGGCGAGCCGCGGUUGCUUCACUCCUACAGCGAAGUCUUCAGCGGCUUUGCCGCGAAGCUCACACAAUUCGAACUUAAUUCAAUGCAAAAGAAAGAAGGGUUCGUGCGCGCUUUUCCGGAGCAGAAGCUCUACCUUCAGACGACCCACACGCCGGAGUUUCUGGGCCUCCGACCUGCGAGUAACGGACUUUGGGACGCCUCGGCGUUCGGCCGUGGCGUUAUCAUCGGCCUACUCGACACCGGCAUCGCUGCCGGCCACCCUUCCUUCUCCGACGCCGGCGUGCCGCCGCCGCCGGCCAGGUGGAAGGGCUCGUGCGCCCUCGAGGCCGGCUGCAACAACAAGCUCAUCGGCGCGCGCGCGUUCGUGCCGGGCCACGAUUCACCUCUCGACGACAGCGGGCACGGGACCCACACGGCGAGCACGGCCGCCGGCAACUUCGCGCCCGGCGCGCAGGCGUACGGGCAGGCCGGAGGCACGGCGGCCGGGAUGGCGCCGCGCGCGCACCUGGCCAUAUACAAGGUGUGCGGCACCUCGGGUUGCGCGUCCUCGGACGUGCUCGCCGGCCUGGACGCCGCCGUGAAGGACGGGGUCGACGUAAUCUCCAUCUCUUUGGGCGGUGGAUCCAUUCCUUUCGACGAGGAUGUGAUCGCCAUCGGCGCGUUCACCGCUUUUGAGAAGGGCAUAGUCGUCAGCUGCGCAGCAGGUAACGGCGGUCCCUUCAAUACCACGCUCUCUAACGAGGCGCCGUGGUACAUAACAGUGGGUGCGACCUCGGUCGACCGGAGCUUUAGAUCGUACGUACAGCUUAACAACGGGAAGGUCUACGAAGGCGAAUCUCUAAAUCAGUCAACCAAAAUUCCCUCGAACCCGGUCGAACUUGCGUACAAUUCCAACCGCAGCGGUUGCACCUACUUCAAAAAAUUCGACAUCAAGGGCAAAAUAGUUGUAUGCGAGCCCUUCUUUCCACUGGAAAAGAUCGCCAGAGCCGUUCUGAAAGCAGGAGGUGUCGGUGUCGUCGUCGUCAAUUUGGAGGCAGAGGGCUACUCUAUCAUCGCGAGAGACUUCCCCCUGCCGGCGUCGAGGUUGUCUGCUGCCGACGGGGACUCUGUCAUAGCCUACGCGUCUGACGCAAGAAACAACCCGAAAGCGUCGAUCACCUUCAACGGCACCGUCCUCGGAACUUCUCCGGCUCCCGUCGUCGCCUUCUUCUCUUCUCGGGGGCCGAACUUCCAGACCCCGUUGAUUCUAAAGCCCGACGUGUCGGCUCCGGGGCUAAACAUACUAGCCGCGUGGCCGACCCAAGUAGACGGAGGAAACGACGGUGCGAAUACUUUCAAUAUAAUCUCCGGCACUUCGAUGGCGACGCCGCACAUCAGCGGCAUCGCCGCGCUGAUAAAGAGCGUGCAUCCUGACUGGUCGGCAGCAGCCGUCAAGUCGGCAAUCAUCACCACAGCCGAUGAGAACGGUCGCGACGGCAAGCCCAUCUUAGACGAGCUUCACCAGAAGGCGAGCUUCUUCGCGGUGGGAGCCGGGCACGUCAACCCCUCGAAAGCGGCCGACCCCGGUCUGAUCUACGACAUCGGUGCCGAAGACUACGUUGGUUUCAUAUGCAGCGUUUACGGCGACGCGGGCGCUCGCGUUAUCGUCCGCAGCCACAACGUGUCGUGUUCGAAGGUGACGCAAAAGUCGGCGACGGAGCUCAACCUACCGUCGAUAGCGGCCUCUCCGGCUUGGUUGGAAACGGUGACGAUUACCCGCGCGGUGACGAACGUCGGUGAGCCGCAGUCGAGUUACACCGCUCAUGUAGAUAUUCCGGAGACGGUGACGAUCGAAGUCGCGCCGCCGACUUUGAGUUUCGCGGCGGUCAGCGAGAGGAAGACGUUCCAGGUGAGGGUGAGAUGGAGCCUCUUUCCGGCGAAUGGCGUAGUUGAAGGGAAUUUGAGGUGGGUUUCUAAUGAGCACGUUGUGAGGAGCCCCGUAGUCGUAGGAAAUUUUAAAGCUAGAAACUAGCUAGGUGAUGAAAAAUCAUUCCUGUUGUUGUAUUUCUGGUAAUUUCCCGAGUAAAUAAGGAUGUGCUUGCAAGAAGUGAAUUUGUUACCAUUCAAAAAUGCGAAAUUUGGUAAAUAUUUUUUCUCUAGGUGAUUUUUGGGUGCGGGUUAGGAAUGCAAACGUGACAGAUUUGGGGGCGGAAGGGUUUCUCCACCUCCCGUUUUAUUUCUUAUCGUGAUGGAAUGGAAUCUGAACGGAUUAUUUUUUUA